GCCACCAGUGAUGCGAAUAAUAACACCACCUAACAAAACACGAAAAAACAUACAAAAUCCAUUAACGGUUUUCAUACAUCACCACCAUCACAGCCGCCGGUGCCGCAGCCGUCACAACCACCACCGUCGACGGAAUGGGUGCUGCAGAACCUGUUACAGAAGCAAACGUGCCGGAGAAGGAGAGUGAAAGGAGAGAGGAAGAGGAGGAACGAGAUGAAGAGGAAGAGGAAGGAAAUGGGAGGAAAGAAAGGAUGGAGGGAGAGAGAGAUGUUGAGAAAGGAGAGAUGGGUGUUGAAGAAAAGGUGAUGGAGAGCAAAAAUGUUGAAGAUCAGAGAAAUUUUCAUGUUUCAAUGUUGCAGAGAUUGAACCCAUCAAAUCCUUUAAGAAUUGUCAUCAAUAGUAAUACAAGAGUUGCUUCUCCUUCUCCUUCACAAACUUCUCUGCCUCGCUCUACCCCAACCCCACAACAACCAUCAAUAGCAACACUGAAUUCAAGAAGGUAUACCAACAGAAUAUCUCUGUUUCUGUUUGUGGUGCACAUGGUUCUGGCUUUUGGGCUAGUGUGUUUUCUUAUAUUCAAGGGAAUUCAAGGACUUGUGGUAGCAUCAGAUACUGUUAAAAGAAAAGAGAUGAGGAUAUUGAAAUAUUUCCUCCCUCAAGUUGAAGUAGCAUCUCUAUUAAGCAUUACUCUUGCUUUGGCAUGGCAAAAAGCAGUUAGAGUAUGGCCUGGAUUCAUGAUUCAUUUCAUAUUAUGGAGCUCUUUCUUCAUGUCACUUUCAGCUGGGAUUCUCUUAAUUUGCUUCCAAAAGGCUCCCACUGAUGGUGUUGGAGUUUGUCUUAUUGCUUUUGCAAUUGGUAAUGGCUUAUAUGCUUGUUGGGUUACUCAAAGAAUCGAGUUUAGUACUAAAAUCUUGAUUAAAUCUCUUGAACCUGUUCCGAAAUUCGGUGAUUUGAAUCAACCCACUUAUUGGAUGCUUGGGGUUGGGUUCUUGUGGAUGUCUAUGUGGAUUUUAGCUGUGAUUGGGGCUUUAAAUUUCUACUUUCCUCCAUUGACAAUUAUUGCAUUAGUAUUGAGCAUGGCUUGGAUUACAGAGGUUAUGAGGAAUGUGGUUAAUUUGACAGUUAGUAGAGUUAUCUCAUUGUAUUAUCUAAGAGGAAUGCAAGCCAGUACAGAAUUUUGUUUUCAAAGAGCUGUAACUCGGAAUCUUGGAAGUGCUUGUCUAGGAUCUGUAUUCGUACCAUCAAUCGAAGCACUAAGAAUUAUUGCUCGGGGUCUGAAUUUGCUCGAGGGAGAAGAUGAGUUCAUGUUCAGUUGCGCUCAUUGCUGUCUUGGAGUCAUGAACUCCAUCUUCACAUAUGGCAAUGGCUGGGCCUUUGUACAGAUAGCUGCAUAUGGAAAAGGAUUUGUUCAGGCAUCACAAGAUACUUGGGAACAAUUUAAAAGGCAAGAUAUGGAACGCAUUGUUGAUUGUGACAUUACCAGCUCAAUUUGUUUCCUUACUGGAGUUUGCAGUGCCUCCAUUUGUGUGAUUGUUGUUGCUGCUUGGACUGCUAAAGUUCACCAACCCUUCACAGCUACUCUCUCCCUAUUGUCAUUAUUCAUUGGAUACCUCCUGACAAGGAUUGCUAUGGCAUUGCCACAUGCUUGUGUUAGCUGCUACUAUGUUUGCUAUUCAGAAAAUCCUGACAACAGAUUGUUUGAUAAUACCAUCAAAGAACAACAGAACUUGAUAAAAUCCGGCCGUGAUGUGGUUGUUCGGACACCUCGAGUUCCUCAUCGCUUUGCGACUUAGCUCAGAAGCCAAAGCAAGAUUUCUCCCCGGAAAAAAAAUGCAGAAGCAAUAUGUGGUCACAGAUUGAGCAAUGCUGAUAAAAAUGCACCAUUGCUAUGGUCACUUUCAUUGAGGGGUCCAAAAGGACUUGGAUUCAACUUCAAGCCAAUCAAAAUGGAGCCAAGAGUUAAUUUUGUCCUAAAUGGUUAAGGUGGUGAUGGAUUUUGGGAUUUGACUGUGAAAGAUCAGCUACCAUUGGAUGAUGUUCUUGAUCUGGGUAGGAAAUUUGUGGAGACCCCACUGGGAUUCCAAUCAACAAAGCAACAAUGACACAACUGUCUCUUGCUACAUGCUAAUGCUUUUUUUUUUCUGUAUCAUAUUUGCAUAUACUCUUAGGAUAUUCCAUAGUUAAAAAGCUCCACCAUUAUUUAAUCAGGAAAUGGCAUUCAACACUCUUCCCUUUUAAAUAAGAUGAAGAAUUUCAUCA